GGGAAUCUGAAGAACUGAGAGGCUUGCUUCUGAAUCCGCAUCUCAGGCAGCUACUGCUGGCAGUCGAUCAGGCAGAAGAUAAAAGCUCCCUCCUGAAAAAGUACAUGCAGGAGCCGUUAUUUGUGGAGUUCGCCGACUGCUGUUUGAGCAUUGUUGAACCUCCGGAGAAGGAGAACAUUCUUCCCGAGUGA